UGAAAAGUAAAAUGGCCGACACAAAUCUCCAAGACAGGAUUCUGAAAAUUUUUGAAGGAAAACCAAAGAAAUCUGAAAGUGCUGCUAAGUUAGUCCAGAUUUUGAAAAUAUCUAAGAAAGCCGUCAAUCAUCAGCUGUAUAUGAUGGAGAAAAAAGGCCAAAUUGUUAAAAUAAAGGACUCACCCCCUGCCUGGUCGUUGAGAAAUCCGGAAAAUGUACUUUCACUUUCGGAUUUGCAGGGAGGAGUGUCUAGCGUGUCCUGGAGAAGGAGGUCUAAAUGGGUACAGACCCAAGGUGGGGAUGACGCUGACAUUGAAGCAAAGAUUCUCAGAUUUAUAAAAGGUUCUGGAAAGUCAUGCAAAGCCCUGGAGAUUGCUAAAAGCAUUGGUCUGGGCAGAGCAGCUGAUGUGAAUGCCUCCUUGUACAAGCUACAGGAUGAUGGACUCAUUGCAAAGAAUCCUUCCAAAGUACCAACCUGGUGUCUUAAAAAUAAGCAGGCAACUGACGCACAAUCAUCUGACACAGAAACAGACCAUGCAAAUGCAGGCUGCCACUUUUAUAGUACUUCCAUUGAUGGAUCCCAGCUGCUCCAAGUCAAACCAGAACUUUUAAGGACAGAUCUUAGUCUAGAACCAUAUCUCUCAGACAUUAGUACAGUUGCUGCAUGUGAGGACCAUUUUGGUGUCAAACCUACUGUUGGUGAACAUAAUGGUGGUGCAUGCGAUCAAUUUUCUUACAUUAAGCUGUGUGGUCAAAUGUGUCAUGAUGAUGAUUCAGAUGAUGAUUCAGAUAAUUCAAAUGAUGAUGCAAAUGAUGACACUGAGAGAAAUGUGGAACAAAUGGAAGUUGAUUCUGGCGAAGGUUUAGGUAAUGCGCCUAUAGCAUUGGUGACAAAGUCAGAACAUGUUGAAACUGUCGAAAGCAUUGCUAUGAAGAGUGUUAAAUCUGGGGUUGAUAGACUCCAUAGUGGUGACUAUAAAAGGGGGGUGCAUAGGACUGCAUCAGAACAUGAUCUUGGAAGAAAGAAACCAAAGACUUUUAGAGAUGUGUUUGGCCUUGAUGAUCCAAUGGAAGAAUGGUCUAAUGAAAGUGUGCAAUCACUGAUUUCUAAAGACGAUGCAAGUAUUUCUGACCAGUGUAAUAAUGAUAGUGAGUUACAUGACAUAGAGAUUGAAACUGAUAGUUAUAAAUCAGAACAGAGCACCGUAUGUGCACAUUCGGUGUCAGAAAAAUCUCUGAUUAAUCAAGAUAGUAGGUCUGUAAGUGGACAUGUAUAUAAAGAAAACAUGCUUGAUUCUUCUGGUAUACCAGAACUUUCACCUUUUGUAAAUUUAGGUAAUAUAGUAAAUGAGUCAACCCCAGAGAUACCUAUUCUUAAGCCAAUAAUCAGAACUCCAGAAACACAGAAAAACUCAGUUAGUGAGAAAUGGGCAACCCCAGAUGUGUUUCAUUUUGUCUUAGACCAUGAAAAGAAAGAAUAUGAUAAUCAAGUUGAAGAAAACAAAGAAGCAGGUGCUGAUAACAUUAUAGACUUUGUUUCAACAUUUUCCAAUAAUAGGGAUUUAAAAUCUCAUGACAGUGCUGAGAAUGCAAAUAUUGAUAACCAAAAAACUGAGAUUGCUGAAAGUAGGCAAACAGAUUCUGGUAUGAAAAAAUGCAUAACAGUAUUGCAAGUAUUAAAUUCAGGCUUAGGACUCGCCCAGUUUGUAUUAAAGAAAAAGACGGAUUUGGAAGAAAAACAGCUAGAAACACUUUUGGAGAAAUGUUUAAGGCAGAAUUAUGUUUCAGGGAGUAGUAGAUUAUGGAAAAUCACGCCUGAGGGGCAGAACUACUUGUCUGAGGCUGGUGUAUGCAAUGGAAAGGAUCAACGAAUGUCAGCAAAUAAUACAAUUGAGCCUGCAAAAAAGAUGAGGUCAAUUUUCAGUGGGCCUCCACCUUCACCCAAGGCUCUAUUGAAUGCCCAGAGUAUGAAUAAGCCAUCUGAUUCUCAUAAAAUCAUGCCACAUUCUAGUGACAAUGUUCCUGUAAGCACUGUCCAAUCUAGCUGUAGUGGUAGUUUAAAUAGCAGUGUAUCAACUGUCUUGUUUAAGCAAGAAAUACCAUCAUUGAUGUCUUUGACAUUUAGCCAAUCAAAGAAUGACAGAAAUGUUGCCUUGAGUACACUAGCAUCAGGAAGUUUGUCUGGGUUGCCUCUGGGCAAUAAAACAUCUGGUCAAUUUGGUGCUGUAAGUACUCCAGCUUUUACUCAAAGACAAUUGCAAUCUUCUGACGUAUUUGAUGCUAAUAGUGUAAUGCCUUGUUUGAAUUCAAAUCUUUGGUCUUACAGCAAUUUGAGUACAAAUAGUUCAUUUCAAUCAGGAUCAGGCUCAAUAAAGCCAGCAAGUAGGCUGAUGAGCAAAGACCCAGCUGUAAGCCUGAGGCCCACACCUUCUCCAAACCUUAAACCUUUACCAAAUUCCCAGGCUGUGCAAAAGAUGGAAAUUCCAGAUAAAUAUGCUGAUUAUCCUAACAAGUCAACAGCAGAAGAGUGCUUCAAGCAGAAAAAGUCCUUUAUACCAUCAAGUUGUAAUAAAGUUAGCAGAGCCCCACCCCCAUCACCCAUGGACAUUAUUUCUAAAACUCUAAAUAGGACGGAAAUUUCUCCACCUAGAACAACAGACAGUUCAAACAUUGUCAGCAAACAGAAUAGUGUGUUUGCCAAUAAUACACAGACAUCAACUGCCUUAAGAAAUGCUGAAUCUUAUAAUCAAUCAUCUACAAUGUAUUUAGGUAAACAACAAUCACUGUUUGGUCAAACUAAAAGUCUUGGUUUGCAAUCAACCUUCGCCAGCCAGUCCGCAUCAAGAUCCAUGCUUCAAACAGGACACAUGGGUAGAGGAGCUCUGACUUUAACACAGAAUUUGCCUAUGCCUUCCAGACCACUAUCAGCUUGUUCUUCGUUGAAGGUGAGUUCUGUCGGGCCCCCUCCAUCACCAGCCUUCAUACUGGCCCAGGAGAGAGGUCAGUCCUGCUCCAUUGACCCCAUCCAGCUAUCAGGGGUAGCUAUUCCAGCCUUCAGUCAGCCACACCAUAGGGCCCUGACCUAUCAAAUGCCACUGACCACAGCAGUCAGCACAGCCAGGCCCGUGAUGACACCAGCCAAUAAGGACCUUAGUCUAGCACUCAGUUCGGAGAGCUUUGCAGCACUCAACAAGAACCCUGUCAGUGCCCUGAUGGAGUACGCUCAAUCACGUAAACAGACAGCCAGGGUGGAGGUGAUAAGCAGACGCGGUGCAUCACACAGACCAACGUUUGAAAUGGCAGCAUUUGUGGGUGACCGUAAGUUUCCAGCGGUGACUUGCACAAACAAAAAAGAUGGGCGGCAGGAGGCAUGUGACGUAGCUCUCCGUAAGCUGGUAGCAGAAGGCCAGUUCUACACCCAGGCCAACAAUUCGGGCUGUGUGGACACAACAGUUCCUAUGAAGAAUCUGACCCACUUUGACAAGAUGGCUGCCCUCACCCAUCGGGGAUUUACAGCACUUGUGUCACAGAUUACGUGUGAGGCAUUUGCUGGUCGCAAGGUGGUGGCCGGCCUUGUGAUGAAACGCUCUGAGGAAGAUACUGGUGUCCUUAUCAGUCUUGGAACAGGGAACCGAUGUAUAACAGGGCAGCAACUAAGCCUUCAUGGAAACACAGUUAAUGAUUCUCAUGCAGAAAUCAUCACCAGGAGGGGAUUUUUAAGGUUUCUAUAUGGACAACUAUUGGAGUAUGAGCCUGGGCGGCCACACCCAAUGUUUGAACCCUCAACCAAUGGGAAACUGUGUGUACGACCCAACAUCACCUUUCACCUGUACAUCUCUACAGCUCCAUGUGGCGAUGGUGCUCUCUUCUCUCCUAGGGAUGUGGAUAGACAAAAGGCUUCAGUUGACCCCCGCAUAAGGCCUCCUCAUGAGCCUAUAUUCUCCAGUAAUGUGCAGGGUCUCACUAGGACCAAAAUGGAGGGAGGUGAAGGUACAAUACCUAUUGAGGCCGGUUUUAAGGUGCAAACGUUUGAUGGCAUUCAGCGCGGAGAACGUUUGAGGACUAUGUCAUGUACAGAUAAGAUCUGUCGCUGGAAUACAGUCGGAAUGCAGGGGGCACUGUUGUCUCACUUUUUGGAACCUGUAUACUUGGAUUCUCUUACACUUGGUUUGCUUUAUGACCAUGGUCAUCUUGCGCGGGCUGUGUGUUGCCGGCUUGGGCGUGGGGAGGUGGAGCUUGACUCCUUGCUUCCAGCCCCUUUCCGUCUUAACCACCCGUGGCUUGGCCGGGUCACUGUGUGCGACCCACCGCGCGAGGUCCAGAAAACCAAGGCCCUUAGUGUUAACUGGAGUUACGGGGACAAAGGGCCAGAAGUCACUGAUGGAACUCAAGGGAUCUGUCUUACAAGCCAAAAGAAGAGCUUCUUCUCACGGUGUUCUAAGAGGAACAUGUUCAUUCGUUUCCGUGCCCUUUGUGAGAAGUUUUCACGCAGUGAUCUCAUGGCCCUGACCACGUACCAUGAUGUCAAAAUGGCUGCCACAGACUUUGUGGCAGCGAAAGAAAUCAUGGUUAAGAGACUGAAAGAGAAUGGUUGUGGAAAAUGGGUGUCCAAGCCUGUGGAGGAAGAUAUGUUCACCAUAGAUGAUGGAAAUUAGAUGAGAAAAUAUUAUGUACUGAACUUUAUUUAUGAUUGGACCAAAACAGAAUUGUUUAGAAUGUUUACACUGAAGGUUUUUAUUUGGUUUUUAGCUGUAUGGGGGACAGGAGGUGUUUGGACAGUGCAGGAAUUUAAUUACUUAAAAGAGGAGUUGUCAUUUUAGCUGACAGCAUUUUAAGCAAUUUCAUUGGAAAAGGUCAGUUUUUUUUCAAAGCCUAGAGGUAUCCCCGUAGUCUUAUGAUUUUUGUCUUCAUCCAUCAAACUAUUAAAGAUAUCCUUAACAUGAAACUUUGUACACAUGGUCACACUGACAACUACUCUGGUAAGAUGUACCACCAUCUACUUGCAGUGCUCUUGUUUACAUAGUUUAGUGACAAUGCAGUAGUACACAUAAGUUUCCAAUGAUUAUCUGUACAGCACAUUUUACUUUGUUAGCGCACCAAUAUGUGUGAAGCACAAAACACUGGGAACAUUUUAAAGAUUAUAAUGGAUGGAGGAAAAGGUUAAAACCAUUCAUCAGUGUUAAGGAAUCACUAGAUUAUGAUAUUAACAAAACCCAAUAUGUAAGUAUAUAUCUUUAUGAACAAAAUAUAGUAUUCAGUCGAAACUCGAUGGCUCUAUAUUCUAGGGACCGGCCAAAAUACUUUGAGCCUCGAGAAUAUCGAGCCAAGCAGGAUUGCUUACAGAAUGUUAUUUUUUUAUUCGUUACAAAAAGUCUUGUUUACCUCGUUUGUUACACUAUCUCCGCAAGAGAAGAGAAGAGUAUUAAUUGGACAUAGUUACACAUCGUAAAGUUCGUAACAUGACUUAUUCGAUACUUAGAAAAUAUCAUUUGAUUAUUUUUAUUUAUUAUAAAAAUACAUUUAUGCGAAAACAACAAACAAGCAAUUUUUAACAGUGGGUAAAACUAACAUAGCUUAUAAGUUAUAUUGAAAUGCAUAGAAAUUUAUAGAUUGAUAACAAUUAGAGACAGAACUUGAAGUGAUGGCAUGUUUAUUCAAACUGUUAAACCAUUUAAAUUUGGUAAUAAUUAUAACACCAAUUUUAAUCGAUUUAUAGCACCUUGUGCUAAAUGAAGCCAAGCAAAGAAAUCAAGGUGUGAGAUUCUUAACUGAACCAGCGAAAAUGACAUCGACCAAAGCAAACAAAACAUAGUGUGAAAUUCUUACUUGGGACUGCGAAAAUGACUUCGAGCGUGUAGAAAAAUUGACCCUCAAGAUAUCGAGUCAUCCCAUAAAAUUUUAUAUGAACAAAGGGUGAAAAAAAAUCGGUCCUUUUAAUCUGGUACGAGGAUAUCGAGCCAUGAGAUAUCGAGCCAAAGAGUUUCGACUGUAUAUCUUUUUUGCAGGUUAGUCAUAAAAAGUUUAAAUCAUUUACAGAGAACAGUCUAAAGAUACCAAGAAUACCCCGGUAUUCCGUAAACAAGGUUGUUACAGGAUAGGCUAAAAUUAAUAACUGAUUUGACUGACAGCAGUUUGGAAAUAGUAAUUGGUUUUAAAGUGAAUUUGAAUGCACAAUUAUAUUUUCUGCACUUUUUCAUCAUUGAUUUCAUUUAAUUGAUUUAAUGCAGAUUUGUCUAAAAGCGGCAAACAGAUUAGAACAAGUUUAUUGUAUGAAUUUAUUUUUGGCAGGUUUUAUUUCUAAAUAAAAGUAUCACCAGACUUUCAUCAUCUAUUGUUAUAAAAAUGAAUCUAACUGCUAAAAAGACAUGUUAGGACAGUGUUUAACUUUUUCAAUUUAUUCUAGUACCUAAAACAAAACUUUGCUAGGAUUCUCUGAGAGAAUGUGAAAAACCACUAAGUUUAAGUAGACUCAAAACAUAUAUUUUCAAGAAAUAGUUUUGAUCCACUCUUGUGUUACAACUAUGUAGUAAAAUUGUAAUGGUGUCACUUACUGGAAAUUAACCUGUUUGUUUUAUGUCACCAAAAGUGGCAAUAUUAAAAUCACACCGUCUGUCCAUCUAGUUAUCUGUGUCCGUACUAUUGCUUUGUCAUGUAGAGAGGGAAUUUAAAUAAUUUGCUGCAUACUUGCUGCAUAAAUGCACAUAGGUAGUGUAUAGUUGGUAGUGUCCAGGCUCUAACUUUGUCGUGCAAAAAGAUAUUUUAAAAUGACUUUGCAUAUGUGUGUGUGUGUUACAUAAAGGCAACGUGCCGAAUGAAAGAACCAUUUCCUGCCUCUUACUACACACUUGACGUCAACCAUCAUGGUCCCCAUGCUUAUAGUUUAUGAUAGCUUUUCCUGGGUGUAGGCAUAUUAGUAUUAGUACCAGGUAUUUGCAUUAUCCAUUUAACUGGAUGGCACUUAGGGGGCAUUUGUCAUUUACUUUGACAGCUCUCGUUACUUGUUACUUAUGAUUAUGUUUUUAUGAUUUGUUUAUGUAUAUUAACACAGAAAUACACAUGUACCAAAGUUCAGGAAUGACAAUGUUAUAAAUGCUUGCAAUGUACAAGAAAUUAACCUGUUUGUUUUAUGUCACCAAAAGUGGCAAUAUUAAAAUCACACCGUCUGUCCAUCUAGUUAUCUGUGUCCGUACUAUUGCUUUGUCAUGUAGAGAGGGAAUUUAAAUAAUUUGGCACAUGUGUCGGUAUAUAAAGGCGACAAGUCGCGUGCAGGACCCAAGACCUUACCUCAAUGUUCAAGGUCACACUUACAGGUGUAUAUGUUAAAACCGUAUAUUGGUGUCACCCUGUGGUCAGUCGGUCAGUCAGGAGCAUAACUUGAAAACUACUGAAUGGAAGCUAAUUAAACUUGAUACCAUGGUAAAGCACAAUGAGUGGAAGUGCAGUGUACAUGCAGAGUUAUUGCCCUUUGUUACUUUUUCUUGUCCAAAGCAAUACUUGAAAACUAAAGGAUGUAAUUUGAUUCAACUUCAUACAAUGGCAAAGCUUAUGCGAAGUCACUGUUGGCAUGAUGUUGCGAGAGAGUGAUCUUGUGUUGUCCACCAAUCUUACUCACAUGCACCCAGGCUGGGAAUGGAACCCGGGUCUCCUUGGUGAGAAAUGAGUGUGCGAACCAUUGUGCUUACCAGACAGGUGUAUCAUUAUGGAAUGCUGCAUAUACAUGUAUGCAUAUAAUAAUUAUAUAUCUAUAUAUAUAGUUGGUUGUGUCUAGGCUGUAACUUUGUCAUGCACGGGCUGUUACUUUGUCAUGCACAUAGUAAUUUUAGAAUUAAUUGGCAUAUGUGUUUGGUACAUAAAAGUGAUGUGUUGUAUGCAAGACCAAAGACUCAAACUCAAAGUUCAAGGUUACACUUGGAGUUUUAUUAUUAUCGAAUGCUGCAUAAAUGCACAUAGGUAGUGUAUAGUUGGUAGUGUCCAGGCUCUAACUUUGUCAUGCAAAAAGAUAUUUUAAAAUGACUUUGCACAUGUGUGUGUGUUACAUAAAGGCAACGUGCCGAAUGAAAGAACCAUUUCCUACCUCUUACUACACACUUGACGUCAACCAUCAUGGUCCCCAUGCUUAUAGUUUAUGAUAGCUUUUCCUGGGUGUAGGCAUAUUAGUAUUAGUACCAGGUAUUUGCAUUAUCCAUUUAACUGGAUGGCACUUAGGGGGCAUUUGUCAUUUACUUUGACAGCUCUCGUUACUUGUUACUUAUGAUUAUGUUUUUAUGAUUUGUUUAUGUAUAUUAACACAGAAAUACACAUGUACCAAAGUUCAGGAAUGACAAUGUUAUAAAUGCUUGCAAUGUACAAGAAAUUGUUUUAUUUGAUGACAAUUAGUCAUGACUUACACGGUGUAGCUUUGAAAUACAUUGAAACUCA